GAUUCAACAAAAGACAUACGCAAAGCACUCUAUUCUCCUCACCCUCGACUUUGUGAAAAUUAUAAUCCUCUCACUGAUUUCGUGUAUGAACAUGUGAGAACAACGGGUCCGCUUGCUGGAAAUGGAACCAACCCAUUAACAAACACACAAGAUUUACCAGAAAGUUGGUUUCGAAUCAAUGUCUGGAGGACACUUGACAUAGCCUUUUCAGAUAUGCCUUUUAUGUUAUUCGUUGGAGGCGAAAAGGCUGGACUAGCAACUAGGGAGAGGAACAACCGUAGCAGAACUUUAAGCAAUAUGCAACGUAAGGCAAUUGAAAGGAAAGGAGAUGGUUAUUAUUACGUUCGACCAAUUGGAUCAAGAACAAUUUAUUGGGCUGUAUCAGAGGCUGGACCUAG